AAAGUCCAUCUUUGGAGCAAACCAACAACCUGAAUAAUAUUGCAGCUUUUUCUGCAUCAGAUACCAAGAGACAACAGGGAAUUUUAGGGGUGGCAAUUCUGUUGCUUCAACUGAAGUUGGUAAAGAUGGUAAAUUGCAAGCUUCGCAAACAAAUGAGAAGUGCAGUCAAGGGAAGUUUCUUAAUGUUGCCGAGCUUUCAUCAGCUGCUGACAGAUCUUCUGGCUCUGCAGCAGCUAUUGACAUGGGCAAAGCAUUAAAAGGACUAGCUGCAUUUGAACCUCAGGCAUCGAGUGGUUUAGCUGCUGAUUCUUCUGAAAAAUGUGAUCUAUCAUCAAACUUCACUGGAAAUUUUAUGUCAGAAUGUCAAGUACCUGGCCAAAAGGCUCCUCUGGAUCUUACUCUAAAAACCAGUAUUCGGGUAGUAUCCUCUUCUUCAGUGAAUUGGAUACAUAGAUCAGCUGUAUGCGGUACAAUGCCUUUCUUCCAACAUUGUUUCUCCACUAAUCAAAACAUGACAGGUUCCCAGGGCUUUAAAGGUUUACAUUCUUGGAUGUAUCCUCAAUCUGUUCUACCACCGUCUCUCAUAUCAGCCUUGAGCUCACCAACUGCAGAUGGAGAACUGGACUUCUUAAGUAAACGGCAAUCAGCUUGGGAAGAGUCCUUCCGAGAUCUCUAUUACAUGCUUCGAAAAAACAUAUGUGGCCUUUUUUAUGUUUGCACUUCCCAGUUUGUGGUGAUGUUUAUUGGUGGUGAUGGCUCGGGUAGCUCCAAAUAUUCGUGCAAUGCAUAUAUGUCUCAGUCAACCAGAGGUUUAAGAUCAUUGUUGAAAGAGCAUGAUGUUUGUUUCUCGAUGCCUCUUUGCCGUUCGAAAGUGGAACAUGCUAGUACUGAAGAUUUGGUUGAGCUCUCGGAGAUAGAGAAGCAAAAUCUGGGGCAGGUUUGUAUCUAUAUGCUAUUUGUAUAUAAUUUGUCUGUCACUGAACUUGAACGAUUUCCUGACAUAUUGAGUUUAUCUCCGCGAUUUAUGGAUAACUUUAUACUCAUCAAUUAUUACUGAUAGUGUGACAACUCUAUUACAGAUAAUUCUUCAUUCAAAAUAUCAAAAGUAUCAUGUUUCAUGCAAUAAACAACCUUAACCAGCCGAUUCAAGGCAGUUUUCCUCUGAGAGGUUGGAAUCAUUGCAUCUGUUAAUGACUGUGCAGCCUUAUUAAAUUCAACCUG